AAUUGACACACUGCCUAAUCAACGAGUAAUUAAUCGCGAGACAAGUUCUUAUCAUACGAAAUAAACAAUACUCGCUUCAAAAUGUCUUGAAUGUUAAACACAACGGAUUAUCUGAAAUUUCUAAUCACUCGAGAUUGUUUUUUAACGAAUCGAAUUACUAUAGGUGAUACGUCAAACGUCAAUCCACUAGUCUCCACAUUUUUCAAAUCAACAUAUGAAGAUAAAUUCAUAGAAAUUGACGUCAGUGACACUCGAAAUUUACGUGAUUUUUUAUCCAAUAUUUUUUAUUGAUUUUAUUCAAGUGAUAAAACAUUACAGUCGUGUCGAAAAUAAAUUAUGUCAUGUGGAGGACCGUAAAUGUUACAUGGAGUGGUACUCUUGAUCUUCAUUAAUUGUCAAGAGUAAGGUUAGUUGUUUUCACCCAGUGCAAUACGAAAGAGUCGCGUUAUAGUGCAGGAAGAAUUGGUAUCAACUCUGCAACGUCACUCGACGAUAUUUCAUCUGCGUUCUAAUUAAACACUGUUUAUAUGCGACAAAUAAUGAACACGAGGGAGCAAAAAUGCUCAAUACGUUCAAGGCUAUCUCCCUUCCCCCUUUACUAAAGAGAUGAUGAGAUUUAAUAAUGUCCCAAUCCACCUGUGUUAUUGAAUAAUUCGUGCAUUUAUGAUCAGCAAAUGAAUUUUUUUUGGACUCCAUCCAGCAUUGUUGACACAACACUGACGCAUUACUUUUUUAUUUGGCUGUUAUUAUCAAGGAACAUUCAACAGGAUGAGCUGUAUACGCUGUUGUAUUACUAACACUAGUCGUCUGGUGUCUUCCAGCCAUGUUACUAAUCAUGUCUACAAAGUCGUGAGGGUCGUUGCAACGAGAUCACUGGCCACGACUAAUGUUCUUUCAAAAGUACCAAGUGAACCCACGCCGCCCACUAAGGAUCUUGGUGGCUCGGCCACAGGCACUCCAACAGGUAGCAGUGGCACUGGGGGUGGCAAGAAAAAUACUCUGACGUGUCCGAAGUGUGGUGAUCCCUGUACGCAUGUUGAAACAUUCGUAUCUUCAACCAGAUUUGUCAAAUGUGAAAAAUGCCACCACUUCUUUGUGGUGUUAUCAGAAAUUGAUUCGAAACGGACGCUGAAAGAGGCUACAAGAACAGAGGACACUAAACAGGGCUUCUACAGGAAACCACCCCCACCCCCCAAAAAGAUCUACGAGUACCUGAACAAGCAUGUAGUAGGUCAGGAGUACGCCAAGAAGGUUCUCAGUGUAGCUGUUUAUAAUCACUACAAGCGUAUCCACAACAAUCUUCCACCGCCAAAUUCAGUUCAAACCACUGCCACCAGUCCUGCCGGGCCGCAGGACCUCAACCAUCCAUUCACACACAGAGGUCUCAAGCCGCAUUUACUAAAUGUCUCGAGUAUUGGCAAUCCACUGGGAGUUGGUUUCCAGCACGGCACCAGUACUGCUGAUCCUCAGCUCAAGGUGUCCAGUGGUGCAUCGGUCCCAGGCUCGGACAUCCUGGACAGCAAGCAACACCAGUUGAAACUGGAGAAGAGUAACAUUCUACUUCUUGGACCGACUGGAUCUGGAAAAACUCUUCUGGCCCAGACCAUUGCCCAGUGUCUGGACGUUCCCUUCGCUAUCUGCGACUGCACGACACUGACGCAAGCUGGCUAUGUCGGUGAGGACAUUGAGAGUGUUAUUGCCAAGCUCCUCACAGACGCCAAUUACAUAGUAGAAAGGGCACAAAUGGGAAUUGUUUUUCUGGAUGAAGUCGAUAAAAUUGGCGCUGUCCCUGGAAUUCACCAGCUAAGGGACGUUGGAGGCGAGGGGGUGCAGCAGGGAAUGCUUAAGAUGCUAGAGGGAACGAUUGUCAAUGUUCCAGAGCGCAACAGCUCACGAAAAUUACGUGGUGAUACUCUGCAGAUCGAUACAACGAAUAUAUUGUUCGUGGCGUCUGGGGCGUACAAUGGACUCGACAGGCUCGUGUCUCGCCGUAAGAAUGAAAAGUAUCUUGGCUUUGGAGCUGCUCCAGCGUCUGAGAGCCCUGGAAGACGCGCUGCCACGCUGGCUGACGUUGCCAACAUGUCCCCAUCAACUGAGGACGAUAAUAAGGAAAAAGAUGUGCUACUUAAACAGGUGGAGGCGAGGGAUCUUAUUGACUUUGGAAUGAUACCAGAAUUUGUGGGUAGGUUCCCGAUCUUAGUGCCCUUCCACACGUUGGAUAAAAACAUGCUGGUGAGGAUCCUGACUGAGCCGAGUAAUGCUAUGGUACCUCAAUAUCAAAUGCUGUUCUCUAUGGAUAAGGUGGAUUUGACAUUCACAACUGAAGCCUUGGAAGCAAUAGCAGCAUUAGCUAUGGAGCGUAAAACUGGUGCCAGAGGGCUCAGAGCAAUUAUGGAGUCAUUAUUGUUAGAACCAAUGUUCGAUGUGCCUGGCAGUGAUACGAUGUCUGUGCAUAUCACUGAGGCCUGCGUUCGUGGACAAGAGAAACCUCAGUACAUACGUCGGGGUGAUGCUGCUGAGGAGGAGCCGCAACAGGCGCAGCACGUCAAUAAUUAACGCACGGUAUACUGGAAUGAAAAUUUAGCAAUGAAAUGAUAAGAGAAAAAAAUCCCAGGUGGGAUUAAGAGAAAAUUUCACGAUUAUCGUCUCCUUCUUUCCCUGAGAAUAUUGUAUGAUGCCUUCGAGAAAUCUUUGAUUAAAAAAAUGAUACUAAUGAACAUCACUUGGCGAUUGAGAAUAAAGGAAAUUAACAGGUAGAUUAUUUCCUUAUACCUGUUAUUUUAACUUGUGAGAGCAAAAAAAACAUUUGGUGAAUUCACUUUUUUUUAGUAUAAAUUAUUCUCGUGACGUUGUAUAGAUGAAUAAUGAUUCUUUGUAAUAUAUUGUACAUAUAGACUCAUAGAAAUUCAAAGAAAGUGAAAAAUAGAUAAUGAUUUUAUCUUAAGAAGAAUUUAUCUUGCAUCGUACCUCCACGGUCUCAUUGGGUUGCGCAUCAACUUAUUUCGCUUUUUUCUAUCUUUAUUCAUGAAAAUAUUUUUUGAGUUUCCUGACGCAUUCGGGACGUCCCUUAAAAAUCUACGUAACUAGAAAUACAAAAAAAGCGCGACAAUUUUCGCCCUUUAAAGGUUCAGAUAUUCCACGAAUGAGUGUUCUUAAAAAUUACAAUAAGGUGAGGCUUCUUCUUUGAAUAUCAGCAAUUUCGUUCGAGGUGGUUAAUGUGAUAUUAGAAGUGAAAACUGAACGCUCAUAUUUUCUUGAAUACCGUUAUCAGUGAAACUGGAAUAUUAUCAUCUCAAAAAAAAACCCUCUUCAUUGACAAUGAACAGAAAUAAGUACUAAUUCAAAAUAAUCGUCGAUAAGUUUACUGGUACACUAUUAGAAAUAAUGUAUAUUGUAAUGAGGAUAUAUUUAUAAUAAAUCAACAUGAAAAGCUAAUUAUACAAA